AUGGUUUCAAUGUCUGAGAAAGAAGACCAAGUUACUCAUGAAGAAUUUGCCAAGCCCGUGACUCAAAACCCGCCGACGCAUACAGAGCAGAGCGAUUUCGAGACUGACGAAUCCAUUCUACCCAAAGGUUACUUUUAUAGUACAUUUUUCUUGGGCAGUUAUGCAGCAAUAGCCCUGGGUCUUGUGGCUGACGCUUGCCAACCGGAUGAACUCUAUGUCUGGGUCUCGCUCGUGUAUAACGUCUGCUCUACUGUCUGGUUCCCUAUCGUCGGGCGCUUUGGCGACAUAUUUGGCAGACGAUACAUGAUGAUCGCGGGUGCUCUCUGUGCGGUCAUUGGCAGUGUUAUAUGCGCAACUGCUCAGAGUAUUCCGGUCUUGAUUGGUGGGAAUGUCUUUCUUGGUAGUGCAUCAGCAGUGCAGCUAUCUUUUGGGUAUCUACUAGCUGAGCUUCUGCCAAUGAAGUAUCGUUAUUUUGGAACCGGAACUUUACACCAUGACGGAUUCGUCAUCUUCCUCAUGGGUCUGUCUUGGGGUGGUGCGAUUUACCCUUGGGGCUCUGCUUCCGUCAUCUGUGCUAUUGUGAUCGGAUUCGUGGUUCUUGUCUGCUUCGUUCUGUGGGAGGUAUUUGGCCCAAUCAAGCAACCUCUUAUCCCCAUGCGUCUCUUUCUCAAUGGUCACUGGACAGCAGCAGUUGUGCCUCUCGGUCUCGGCGCUAGAGUCUACUACGCUUUUACCAUCGUGUGGCCACAACAGGUUGCGGUUCUGUAUGCCAAUGGAGAUUUAAUGUACACAGGAUAUUUGUCGUUGAUAGUCGGCUUGGAAUUUAUCACCGGACAAGUGUGUUCAGGCGCGGCAACCGUAACACCAAAUAAUAAGAAGACGCGCAUCGCCUUAUUGUAUAUCGACUGUGCCUUCAUCGGCAGGAACGAGGGCAUUUGCUUGACGAAUUCGUCCGUUAUGGUCAACGAUCAGCGUGACAUCGGUGUUGCUGGUGGUACCGCUGGAUGCGUUCGCUCAGGCAUCUCUGCAAUCCUUACGGUUAUAUAUACGACGGUCCUGAAUAACCGGCUUACAAAGACGAUCGCCGCUGAGGUACCGUCAGCAUUGAUCGGCGCCGGUCUCCCUACCACAUCGGUCGCAUGGUUUCUGGAAGCUCUAACGGCAGGCACUUCGGAGGCCUUUAAGAGCAUCCCUGGUAUAUCGCAACGUAUCAUUGCGGUGGGAACUAUGGCAUCCAAAGUCGCCAAUGCCAAUGCUUACCGGACGGUCUACCUUACAACAAUUGCAUUUUCCGGCCUCGCGAUCAUACUGACAUGGUUUGCGCGAAACACCGAGGAGUUCAUGACUGGACAGGUGGCUGCUACUCUAAACCGACAAGGGAAAGAGUUGGAAGCGAAGGAGCUUAGUGGUGAGAAUGUUUGA